UGCUGUCUCACCCCGUGCAGAGGCUUCAGAGGUGUGAACACAUCCUGUUUACAUCUGCCACCAAGACGGGAGGCUGAGGGAGCACACGGCUGAGGCACAGCAGGGAGCGCCAAGCUCGGGAGAGCGGCUGCAGCGGGACAGGCCCUGGCAUGGACACAGUGCCCGUCUACCACGGGGCCAUCACCCGAGAGGCUGGGGAGAAGCUGCUGCUGGCGGCGGGCACGGACGGCAGCUACCUGCUGCGGGACAGCGAGAGCAUCCCGGGGGUCUACUGCCUCUGCGUGCUACAUCAGGGUUAUGUUUAUACCUACAGAGUGUCCCAGACAGAAACUGGAUCCUGGAGUGCUGAGACGGCGCCUGGGGUCCACCGGAGGCUCUUUCGGAAGGUGCACAACCUCAUUUCAGCCUUCCAGAAACCCAACCAAGGCAUUGUAACACCCCUGCAGAACCCAGUUGUCAACCACGUGAAAGCCAGCUACUCCCCAGGGAGGAAUGAAGGCUAUGACUUCCACCUGCAGCCAUCAUGAGGAUGUCUCCCCAAGUGUGACAUAACCACAUCUUCCAGCAUCUCCUCUAAUCUAUGCUUUAAAACAGAAUAGUUUAUAUGAUGAUAGUAAAUACAACUCUGUGAGUUUUCUUGUAACAUUUGCAGAAAUGUGUAUUUCAUAGAAUUUAUUGCUCAAGAUGUAGAAAUUUAGAUUUCAAAGUACUUUGAACUUAGGGUGGGAUAUUUUUGGUUUGGUUUUGGUUUUUCCCAAGAGAGGAUAAAAAAGCAUGAACUGCUAAAUCCUUUAUGUCUUUUUUUUCCUUUGUACUGUCAUGUUAAAAUAUUUUUCCCUUAAAGAUCAGUUCUUAAUUAAUAAUUAGUUAUUAAUUUUACAUUGCUUAACUUUGGAUCCUGCUUUGCUUUGGUCUGGUUGGCAUUUAUGCAGAAUUGGGCAAGUCCCCUUUUAUAACCUUAGGAGAAUUGUUUACAUUAAAGUGUCCUUGCCUUGGAUGGGCUGUGUGUUUGUCAUUCAUACAGUUCCUAAAGAUAUUCCAGAUGUGAUACCAUGAGGAUCCCCACUGACUGAUUUCCCAUCAAAGCAGUUGCUCUGCCCGCUAACAAAAUCUGUAGUUUUCACCAAUGACCAAGAACAUAAGUAAUGCACAGAGUAACCAAGAAUGCCCAAUGAAGUGGAAAGCCUUGUUCUUUGCUUUUAGGUGUUCUCUGUACUUGAAACAAGCCAUCCUUGCAUACAAGUUAAAAAAAUAAAUUAUUUUUGCAUGGCA